CGAGCCGUUGCUGUGGGGAGUAUGAGAGGCUUCAUCGAUGCUAGGACGGCUGUGGGAAAGAAUUAACUGCUUCUUUAAGUAAAGCGUCAGCCCAAUGAAGACAGAGCCUAAGUAAGUUUAUCUCAUUAGCACAUCAAAGAUGAUCAGGAUGAAAGCUUCGCUGAAUAGGUGUCCCUGUUCUUUAUAACAAGGCUCUUGGGUCUAGGACUAAUCCUUCAAAACUCUACAAGUGGUGUUAAGGCACGAAGCAUAUCCCCCCCAAGAGAACGCUGAGACCUCGACUUUUAAGCCAUUUCACUGCAAAUCUCAAAACUUAUCUUCUACUUCUGUGUCUUGACUUUCAUCUCAAUUCAAGUCUUUGGACGUUAAACAUGAGUACCACAAUGCUAAAGUCUCAAGAAGCUCACCUUGGAGCUCAGACGAUUGAGUCUGACUAUCAUCAUCAUCCUUCGGAGCUUGUAAAGGGUGGUGUAAGUCAAGUCCGCGAUACUUACAAGUGCACUAAUAACCUUUGAAGUAGGAAGUUAGUGGGCAAUAUACAACCAAGGACCUUAUAGACGCAAUACCUCCUCACUGCUUUGCACCUACAUACGGCAGAUCAUUAUGGUAUUUCACUCGGGAUUUUGCUGUUGCAGGGACAGCUAUGUAUGUUUCGUACAACUACAUCCCUCUGAUCCGCAUUACAGCGUUACGCUGGGUUGCAUGGCUGACCUAUGGAUAUUUCCAAGGUCAGCAAUUCACUGGAAUUUGGGUAUGUUUCAUGCUUUCUAACACGUCUAAAUACUAAGAGAGCACAGGCUCUUGGACAUGAUGCCGGACACGGUGCCUUCCUACCCAAUACCUUCUUGAACGGAAUGAUGGGUUGGAUUUUCCACUCUCUCACCCUCACACCGUACUUCUCAUGGCAAUCAACCCAUCGCCGACAUCACAUUUACGCAAACAAUCUCGCUAAGGAUCACAACUAUGUUCCGCCACAAGCCGAUACUUACGCCCAGCUCAUGGGUGUCAAUCUGGACAAAAUUGAUGAAUUGACUGAGGAUGCGCCCUUGGUCACCUUUGUGCGCAUUAUAAUUCAACAAGUGUUUGGUUUCCCGUGGUAUCUUCUAGCCAACAUAACCGCCACACAAGGAAGUCUUGCCGCUGGAAAGACAAAAAAUGCACCUUCUAGGCUACCUUUCGGAAACAGUCACUUCUUGCCAACGAGCUCGCUGUUCAGACCAGAAGAAGCACACCUUAUCCUUGCUUCCGAUGUUGGUCUCGCUAUGACAAUCGCCGGAUUAUGGUACGCAAGCACCAUCUUUGGAUGGUCUACUGUAGCACUACUGUACAUCCAACCAUAUCUCUGGCUCAAUCAUUGGAUCGUAUGCCUGACGUACCUGCAUCACACCCAUCCAGACCUUCCAAAGUACGAGCCAGAGGCAUGGACCUUUCUCAAGGGAGCUACAGCGACGAUAGACCGCGGUCUAGGAUUUGGUGGCAAGCAUCUUAUGCAUAACGUUGCAGAUUUCCAUGUCAUUCACCAUCUCUUCUCGCGUAUCCCUCAAUACCAUGCUGAAGAAGCUACAAGAGCGAUCCAGCCCCUUCUUGGAGAGGCCUACCACGAGGACAAGAACCGCGUGAUUUGGAGUUGUCUUUGGGAAUCAUUUACGAAAUGUCAAUACAUUGUUCCAAGCGAUCCAAAAGCUAGCCCGGCAGAUAGGGUUAUGGUCUAUAGAGGAGGCCCAUCGCCUCCUAUCGAACUCAACAUGGGACGCAGUGGAUUGAAAAGCAAACAUAACUUAAGCUAGGGAUAUGUAUGGGUCACAAUUCUCGCUGCUUCCGGGUGUGCAUCUAGAUGACUCUGUUGGUAGUUGAUGCAGAUCUAAGUUUUGGGG